CACCUAUCUUCAAACAUGGUUAAUAUUAUUCAUAUUAUGUUAGCUUUUUGUUUUAUGUUUUAUUUUAUUUCAAGUACUUCCGUGGCUUCUGGUAAUGACAAAAUAAAAAAUUGUUUAUUGCAAAUGGUCAGAGCGAACAUUUUGAUGAAGUCGAGAAAUAAUGUUUACAUCACAAAUUCUACUGGGUCAGAAAAAGCAUUUAGAGUUUUAGUACCAUUAUGUGAUCAUCUAGAGAAAGUUGAAAAAAUUGAAAUGAAAGAUAAUAAAGGUGUAGAAAAAAAAGAAGAAAAAGAUCCAAUUAAACCUGAUUCAGGUAAGUUUAAUGUUAUGUUUGUAACUGAUCGUUAUGUAGUUGGAUUAACAAUAAAAAAUAAUGAGAAUAAAGUAGAUAAUAUAUAAUUCAAAUAAUAUCGAAAAUUUAAGUUAUAACUCACACUGAAUAAAAUAUAUUAAACGGUCUUAAAAGGAAUUGUAACCUAAAUGUUCGAUAUUUUUUGAAGCGAUAACAAUUGAGGAACCGUACAUUUUCAAUAUUUUUUACCUGAUAAGUGAUAACAUAAAUUGUACA